CUAAAGUAGACGGGCACAAGUGCUUUUUACCUACUGGGUACUAAGUAGUACGCAGUCCAGCACGCAUAGCAUUCAAGGAGCCGUCCCUAUCUCCUCACCUUCAGGCCCACCAGCUCAACGCAUGAGAACGUAUCAUGAUGUGAUAUAUCAUAGCUUGCCCCGAUGAUUUUCCUAAGAAAAAACCUGCUAUUAUAAGUGGACGGCAGGCGUAUCACGGAAGCACAACAAGAUUUUAUCCAACGACAAGCAACAUCAGAAAGCAGAUGUCGUGCACAUCAAGCUUCCAGACUCCAAGGGAGACCAAACUCCCAGCCCCUCGAGAGGGUCGAGAGAAAGAUCAAGACAUCGGUAUUUCAAGGACGGUGGCUUUUUCAUUGGAACCGACAAGGCGUUUCUUGUUCGCUGUCAUUGCUGUCACAACAGUCGCUCUGACAGCACUCUCGCGAUGCAGGGAAAGCAUAGUCAACCCACUCAGUUUCCAGCCUUGGAGAUCUCAUCCCUUUACACAUCCAACGCUUGAAGGAUCUGUCUCUCUGCCAACCUUGGAGACCGUCUUACUGUCCGAGCCCAAUGCGUCUUGCGCCGCGGAUUGGAGCUACUACUAUACCUCGCAAAGCCACUUCGCAGGUGAGGGCAAAGCACAAGGCCUCUGGACCGAGAAGAAAUGGCGAGAAUUCGGCAUACCAGAGACGGACAUCAUCAAAUACAACGCAUCCAUAAGUGAACCUGUCCAGCAACGGCUGGUGUUGAUAGACACGUCAAAUCCUCAGUCCCCGUCUGUGAUGUACGAAGCCAAAUUGAUGGAAGAACUGCCACCCAACGACCAUUCUGAGAUUCGAACUCCUGCUUUCCACGGGCAAUCUUCUAGUGGUGAUGUGACGGCACAAUUUGUAUACGUAAAUUUUGGCCGUGACCAAGAUUACGACGAGUUAGAGCGGGAAAACGUCUCCGUAAAAGGGAAGAUUGCCAUCGUGAAGUAUGGCAUGGGCUAUCGUGCAGAGAAAAUGACUAUUGCAGCAAAGAGAGGCCUUGUUGGUAUUUUGAUUUACACGGAUCCACAACAGGACGGCAAUAUCACAGAAGGAAAUGGGUACAAAGCGUACCCAGACGGACCGGCUCGGCCCGAAACUUGUAUAGAGAGGGGGGCAAUAGGAUCAAUUCGUAAUGCAAGCGCCGGUAAUCCCAGCAUACCAGGCCAUUUCAUUCCAUCACUCCCAGUCUCCUACGGCGACAUAGUACCAUUCCUCAAGGCGCUCCAUGGUCACGGCCCAAAAGCAGCUGACAUGAGCAGUGAUUGGCAUGGCGGUGGUUUGUACUACAAGAGAGUAGAAUAUCAUGUGGGCCCAUCGCCAUCACAUGUUGUAUUGAAUCUGGAUAACCAAAUGAGCUUCCCGACUAAGGACGUGUACCAAGUAAUUGGCACCAUUAAGGGGUCCACCGAGGAUGAGGUGAUCAUUUUAGGAAAUCAUCGCGACUCGUGGGGGCCCGGGGCUGGUGACUCUAUCAGCGGUGCUGCAGCGUUGAUGGAAGUUGUCCGAAGUUUCGGAGCGGCAUACAGAAUGGGUUGGCGGCCUCGGCGAACCAUCAUGUUCAUCAGCUGGGAAGGCGCAGAAGUCGGACAGGUUGGGUCCCAGCCAUGGAUAGCCUCUCAUUUACCCUGGCUUCAGAAGACGGCUGUGGCAUAUCUGAACGUCGUCGUUGCAGCAGGAGGCACCCAAUUUCAGGUCAAAGCAACUCCACUCUUACAAAGAGUAAUCCACAAGGCCACGAAAGCGGUCGCUUCUCCCGAAGGAAGAACAGUCUUUGAUCACUGGGGCGGGGAGAUGAUCGCAGCAGGAGGAGGAGAUGCCAUUCCAUUCCUUGAGACUGCCUGUGUGUCAACAGUUGACUUCAGCUUCGGUGCAGUUUAUUGGGCCUACCACUCAAACUUCGACACCUUCGCUUGGAUGAAUACCAGUGGAGAUCCAGGAUGGAAGUAUCACGUCACAUCUGCAAAGAUAUGGUCUUUGAUAGCGGCAUACUUGUCCGAGAGCCCCGUCUUGCAGAUCAGAGCUGCUGAGUAUGCUAUCGCAAUGCGGAAGUACAUCAAAAGGAUCAGAGACGCCAUCCCAGGCUCGGCGUCUUUCGACCUCGCGCCUCUAGAAAAUGCUAUUGAAGAAUAUCAUAACGCAAGCAUGAUCUUGGAUGCUUACGCGUCCUCUCUCGAACCAACCGAGACAGCUGAGACGAUUAGACAAGUGAAUCAAAAGUACCUGAACCUGGAACGACAAUUCUGCUACAAGGGCGCACAUCUGGUCUAUGAGUUUUCUGCUUUCUACACAGAUCCGCCAGAGUUCCCUCGCCUCUACUGGAGCCUAGAGUUAGGAGACUUGGAAGCAGCUCAGGGGUGGAUGGACAUCAUACAGGCCAGGAUUAAAAAUGCCGCUGAUCUUUUGAAGUUGUAAAUCAGGGCAGCCAGCCGAAAAAGGCAGUCGUAAGACCAAAAUAUUGUAUGAGAUGGAGAACAAAGAUUGAAAAUGUCUCUAUCAGUCCAAGCUUGCGGUAUGCUUGUCUUCUACUGAAGAUUGGAAAGAACAGAGUGUAGUGGUUCUCAAUUACAAAAUCCGAAAGUUGAGAGAUUGAUUGGGACAGGCAGAUUUCUAAGAAGGGUAAGCGUCAUACAUAGUUUCUUAUUGCUUCUAACAUCAAAUUCGUUGUGCCAUAAUCCUCGUGCAUCCAUCUACUACAGAAGAUUCUAGCACCUUCAACGUGGUCACAUCGUACUGCACUAUGGAUAGCUCCAGUGCUAGUAGUGGCGCACGCAUAACUUGUCAUAUCUCCAAGCCAUCCUUUCAGGGCACAAAGAGGGAAAUUUCAUGGUUUAAGCCACAGUCAGAUGCUGGUGUGGAUUAAGCAGAAAUGCACACCUUUUCCCAACAAGAAGC